AUGCCCAGAAUAGCUGAGGAUGUGGCCCAAGGGGUGUGGCUGUCGCUGUUCCUUCCAGAACUGAAGAGACCCUGGAGAAGCCUGGACAUCAGCCUGGGUAGUGGAGGAGGACAGAGGAUGCCCGUGUGCCAGGUCAUCACAUACUCCCAAGGCCCAGCGCGAUGCCAGAAGCACUGCCAAGUCCAGAGUAACCUGGCUCGCCCACAUUCCCACCUGGCCCUGGCCCUGAAGGACACAGCUGGCCGACUAGGUGACACAGGGCUGUGGCAGCAGACUAACCUACAGCUGCCAGCAGGGAGGUCCCAGGGGAGGACUCAAGAGCCCUUUGUACAACAGAGUAACCUGUGCUUCCGAGGGACCAGCCCCCAUCUACAGAACAGCGGCCUGCCACCGGCUGGCCCAUCCUCCCACCAGAAGCAGACACUCCAGAGCACUUUGCAGAACGAGGCUCAAAGCAUUGUGACCCUGGACUCCCAGGCAGCUUGGGGGAGCCUUUCCUUGGAGACAAAAGCAGCCACAGAUCUUACCUGGAGAUGCAGGUGCUUUAGGGCCUGGCAAUGGUUCGUGCAAAGAGGGGCCCAGCACAGAAGACAUCUGGCCCACCGAAGAGUGAGGACCUUAAGGAUUUGCCUGAGGCAGUGGAUGGAGAUGAAGUGGCUCCAGGCCUCCGUUGUCACAAAAGUGACUCAAUUGGCCCUCUACUGGCAGAAGGCAGGGAAUGAGGUUCUCAACGGCUUGGUCCCAGGAACUGCCAUGGCCCAGUGCCUGGAGACAGUAGCCCAGGCCCAACAGCUCUCCAAGGGGCCAGCUCAGUGUUCCCCGUGGGAAAUCUGCCAAAAGGUGGCCCUGUACCAGACCCUGCUGCUCUGGAGGACCCAAUUCUCCCAGCACCAGCGAGCUGUGGUCCCAGGGGUCUGGAUGCAGUUAGCAGCCCAGGCUUAUGUCCAACAAGCUGAUAUCACCCAAUGCUGGCAGAGGCUUCGGUGCCUCCUUAGGACGCAGUGGGUUCAGUCUCAGUCGACUCUGUUCAAACAGAAGCUGGAGCCACAGAGCCAGGCACAGGGCAUGGACUUAGGGCACUGCCUGAGGCUGGCCAGCAGAGGACACCACCUGCUACUGAUGGACACCCCAAACCUUUGUAUGCAGGUGAGUUGGGUCCAUGUGUAUGUGUGUGUGUGGGGGUGUAUAUGUGUGUGGAGGGAGUCAACUUUCCAAAACAAAACUUUAAAAUCACUUGGUUUCUGCCGACAAUGGGAUCGUGGCUAGACACUUCACUUCUCCAGGGACAAACAUGUUUACAGACACCACACAACCAGUUCAGGGUGGCCAACAACAUGGUGGAGGCAGGAGAACCCAUUAGCAAACGUCUUGAGUGACAGCCCUAUGCAGGUCUGCUUUCAAAGGGCCUCUUUCUAUUAAGGAGAUGGACACUGUUUAAAAGUGUUGGGCAUGGUAUUAUUGCAGGGCUUUAAUCCCAGCACUAGGAAGGCAGAGGCAGACAGAGGCCAGAUCUCUGUGAGUUUGAAGCUAGCUAGGGGUGCAUGAUGAAACUAUC